GCUACACCCUUUCUUGAUUAUAUUCCUUUUCCAUUGCCCAUGGGCUGUCAUCUCUACCUAGAGUCGGAUCAAUUGUAGCAUCCGCAAGCCUCCGCCCCGGUCGCAUGGAGAGCUAACAGUCCAAAUCUCCCCUUGUACAUUUAACAUUACUUGGCCUACAUAUCCCCGUGACUAUUUAUAGCCAACCCAAUGGCGUCACUUCCAAAGUUUUCCACCGUCUUUACCUGGGCCCUCUACUUCAUCCCCGUGUAUAUCUUCAUCCUCGACCCGCUACUGCGCGGAUUCUUCCCAAGCCUACUGGCACCACCCGUGGACAGCGAAAACCUCUUCGACGAGUCCAGCGCACCAGGACCAGGCAUCAACCUCACCGACGACAGCUUCAUCAGCCCCGAAGAUGGUGUACCAUUCAGCUGCCCCGGCGCAGAGGGAUACCGCGUGCAUCUCCUCUCGCGCGAACCGCUGAUCAUAUAUAUCGAGAACUUUAUCUCAGAAACUGAAGCAAACCACAUCCUGGACAUGAGCGUGAACAAAUACACCCCUUCAAUCGUCUACGAUGGCCAAACAGAACGAGUAGACCCAACAAAACGCCUCUCCGACCGUGCCCUUCUCGACCGCGAUGAUACAAUCCGCUGCCUGGAAGACCGCGCCCGCGCCUUCCAGGGCUGGCGUCCGGACCUCUACAUCGAGCGUAUGUGGGCGCAGCGCUACAAUGCCUCCGGCCACUACCGCCACCACUAUGACUGGGCUGGGUCGCUGGCGCGGGGCGGGGACCGUUUUAGCACGUUUAUGGUGUAUCUCGAUGCGGACUGUGAGGGUGGGGGAACGAAUUUUCCGCGGUUGAGGAUGCCGGGUGGGGAAGGAUGGUGUCAGUUUUUGGAGUGUGAGCAGCGGGAUGGGGUAGAUGGGAGAAGGAAGAGGAAGGGGGAGGAGAUGGGUAUCACAUUCAAACCUAUCAAGGGUAAUGCCGUGUUUUGGGAGAAUCUUCGGCCGGAUGGGACGGGGUAUCCGGAGACUUGGCACGCUGCGUUCCCUGUUACAAAGGGGACGAAGGUUGGGUUGAAUGUUUGGAGUUGGUACCAGCCAAAGCGGAGGAAGCGCUCGGGAAGGUGAGGUGGCACUUGCGCAGAGAGAAGACGAGCACGUGGGUGCUUUGGGUUCGGCUGGCUAAGCCACAGGCCAAGACAUGUUCCAAGGAGCAUCUGGAAUGCUUGGGCUAGGCCCUUGUGAAGAUAAUGACAUGCUCGGUAAGUACAUGUAUUUUAUAUAUCAGGGGUAGCCAGAGAUGUCAGGCCAAGAUGUUACAGAUAGAAUAGAAUUAGACAAGAACAUUAGACUAUAGAAGGUGACAUAUAC